CACACAUUAAAUCUUCAUAUCAUCUCAUCUUCUUCAUUCUUCAUUCUUCAUUCUUCAUAUCAAAAACAACCGAAAAAAAGAAUACAGAGAAAAAAGAGAGAACAACAUAUCAACAACAACAAAGGAAAGAAUACCCAUAUUUGUGUUCAUGACACAACAACCCACCACCACCAUGACUUCUUCUAAUGAUUCCAAGAAAACCCAUCAAUCCAAUGAUGAUUUUAAGGUGAUCCAUGAAUCCAAGACUGAUCAAACUGGGUCAAAAAACCCGCCUUCUUCUAAACCUCACCAUGAAAAAGAGGUUACUUCUGCAUUAAGACCACAACCACCACCACUGCCACCAGCUAGCACCACCACCACUACCAGUGAUGGUGGUGGGGCAAUGGCGGAGGUGAGCGGGCGAGAGAGGCUGAAGAGGCACCGGGUGGAGGUGGCGGGUCGGGUUUGGAUACCGGAUAUAUGGGGCCAGGAAGAGCUGCUCAAGGAUUGGAUAGACUGCACUACCUUUGAUGCUUCAUUAGGGAACAGGAAUAUAACUUUGGCUAGAGCAGCUUUGGUUGAAGAAGGAAGGUUAAGAGCUAGUUCCAGUGGCUUGAGGAUAGAGAACAGGUGUUAAAAAAUAUUUUAUUUAUUUUUCUUGUCUCUUAUUUUGUUUCUGUUUGGUUUUGAUUAAACCUAUGUUGAACAUUUUGAUACUACAAGAAACAAGUUUAUUAGAAUGAUUUAUUGGGUGUUUAAUUAUCA